AGGGGUGAGAGGAGGAGCCAGGGCGGCCCGUGCGACAAAGCCCAGUGCGCAGGGAGCUGGUGACCGGGAAGCAGAACCGCGCCGGGCAGACGCGGGGCGGGCGGACCCACCGGAGCCCGCUGCCCCACGGGGGGUGGGAGGCCCGUCCUGCCGCCCCCCCCGCUCGGGGGUCGGGGCGGCUGCGGAGCGGAGCGGGAGGUGGCCGGGCUGCUGCUGCUAAGCCGCUUAGGGCCGGGGCUGGCAUGAGCCUCCCCGGCGGGGCGGCUGCGGGCUGCGCGCUGCGGCGGGGAGGCUGAGGGCGCGGAUCCGCCGCCGGAGCGGGAGGAGGCGGAGGGGGGGCCGCGCUCCCCCCGGGAAGAUGGGGAACUGCCUCAAGUCCCCCACCUCGGAUGACAUCUCACUGCUCCACGAGUCACAGUCGGACAGAGCUAGCUACGGAGACGGGGCUGAGCCGGAUCAGGAGCCGCCGCCGCCAUAUCAGGAGCAGGUGCCUGUUCCUGUGUAUCACCCCACGCCGAGCCAGACUCGCCUGGCCACGCAGCUGACGGAAGAGGAGCAGAUCCGGAUAGCGCAGCGGAUCGGCCUCAUCCAGCACCUUCCCAAAGGAGUCUACGACCCCGGCAGAGACGGCUCCGAGAAGAAGAUCCGAGAAUGUGUCAUUUGUAUGAUGGACUUUGUUUAUGGGGACCCUAUCCGAUUUCUGCCGUGCAUGCACAUUUACCACCUGGACUGUAUAGAUGACUGGUUGAUGAGAUCCUUUACCUGUCCAUCCUGCAUGGAGCCAGUGGAUGCAGCACUGCUUUCAUCAUAUGAGACUAACUGAGCCAGGGUUUCUCUACUGAACCUUCAAGGAGACCAUCCACUUCAAUGGGUUUGAUCCUUUUGUCAUUCAGCCCAAAGAGCCAGGAAUUAGGAAUUAAGAUCAUGCACAAAGUAUACAUUUCCUAAUAAAUAAAUAAAUAAAAAAAAUAUUCCUGAAUGGCUGCAAAUAUUGGAAAACAUAGUAUUUUAGAGACUAUAGAAAAGUAGGUUGUUAUUUUUAAUGUAAAGCCUUGACCCACCAUUGUCUUUUAAUGUUUGUUCUUACACCCAUAUAUAGGAAUUGUGUAAAGUGUUACAGCAACUGUAAAUGUUCAAACUGCGUGUAUCCAAUUUUAUUAGCAGCAAGAUAAGAGUAUUUUUUUCUUAAAUAAAGUAACCAGUUUUGUUCUGAUUCUUUUCACAAGUCCUGGCAUUUGGGUCAAGGCUUUAUUGAAGUCUACAUUUUAUAACACUGGCACAAAGAAAUAGUUUUAAGCUUGUUUGCACAGUUCUUUUUCUUUUUUUUUUUUCCUUUUUUUUUUUUUUUCCAUUGGAGAUGGAAUUCAUUGCCUUAGGUCUUUUUAAUAGUGUAUUGUUAUUGUUGGGCUGGCUCUAUGCUUGAAAACCAGUUUAUUUAUAACCUGUUUAAAGUGCUAUAUUUUGUUUGCAGUUAGGAAUAUGCAGACUUCAAAGUGAUCUCCUAGCUUGUAAGCAAACUGAGAUGCAUUAUCCCUUUUCUACAAGUGAUGCAGAUUAUGAAGAUACGACACAAGUCCUGCAGUGAAACUGUGGUUUUAUGGGGUUUUUUUAUAACUUCCUUUGGUUUUGAUGAAAUAACAAUCCUUAAACUUUAAUGUGACUUUUAACUUGAUCAGAUUAAAAGUGGGCCAGAUGAACAAUAAAUAGUUAAGCUGCCAUAACUGAAAAAAAAUACAUUUGGAACUAAUGUAGUAUUAGCAUUGAUCACUUAUUCUACUUUUUUUCCCUAAAAAUGGUUGUCUUGGAUCAUAGCAAAUGGAUACUGCAUCUCUCGUUCUUGUAGUUCUUAGGUUAUCAGAAGUUAAGAAUAAACAUACUGUAUCUCAGU